AUGAUGAUCAUUUGUGAAUCAGCAUGGAAAGUCUUCCUUUCACCAGCACACAACAAACAAAGUCCUGACUUUUCUACAUGUGUCCUCUGGCUGUGUGUGUGUUAUUUCUGUCUUAACUUUAAUUCUUUAAUUCUUUCUCUACUUCUUACUAUAGGCAGCAUUGUGUACUUUGGGAUGAUGCUAGGGGCUUUCUUCUGGGGCGGCAUGGCUGAUAAGGUGGGCAGACGACAGUGUCUGCUCAUAUGUAUGUCCAUACAUGGCUUCUUCGCCUUCCUGUCAUCUUUUGUGCAGGGCUAUGGCUUCUUCUUGCUUUGCCGCAUGAUAGCUGGCUUUGGGAUUGGUGGAGCAGUACCCAUUGUCUUCUCAUACUUUGCUGAGGUAUUGUCAAGAGAGAAGAGGGGAGAGCAUCUGAGUUGGCUUUGCAUGUUCUGGAUGAUUGGAGAGAUCUAUGCCUCCGCCAUGGCAUGGGCCAUCAUACCUCAUUACGGCUGGAGUUUCAGUAUGGGUUCAGCUUAUCAGUUCCACAGCUGGCGGGUCUUUGUGGUGGUCUGUGCUCUCCCCUGUGUCUGCGCUGUCGUCGCCUUAACAUUCAUGCCCGAGAGCCCAAGGUUCUACUUGGAGGUGGGGAAGCACGACGAGGCCUGGAUGAUCCUCAAGCAGAUUCAUGACACAAACAUGCGAGCGCGUGGACAGCCCGAGAAAGUCUUUACCGUGAACAGAAUUAAGAUCCCAAAGCAAAUUGAUGAGUUUGUAGAGAUGCAGACGGAAUCUGGCAGUCUUUUAUCAAAAGUGAUCUUCAGAGUAAAGUCUGAACUUCAUGGGAUUUGGCUGACGUUCUUGAAGUGUUUUAAUUAUCCAGUGAAAGACAUUACAGUGAAACUUGCUACUGUGUGGCUUACAUUGUCAUUUGGGUAUUAUGGCCUAUCUGUAUGGUUACCUGAUGUCAUCAAACAUCUUCAGGCAGAUGAAUAUGCCUCCAAAGUACAAAGGCAUACCCAUGAACGCAUUGAAGACUUCACCUUCAAUUUUACUUUAGAGAACCAGAUACACACUAAUAGCUUAUUUGUCAAUGACAGAUUUAUAAAUAUGAAAUUCAAGUCUGUCACUUUCAUCAAUUCCACCUUUCAAAACUGCUAUUUAGAGGAAGUGACAUCGGUGGGAUCAUUCUUCCGAAACUGCACAUUUAUUGAGUGUGUCUUCUAUAACACUGAUGUUGACGACUCCAAACUUAUAAACACCGACAUUGUAAACAGCACAUUCUACCACAAAAAAACAGGCUGUCAAAUGACUUUUGAGGAUGAUUAUAGUGCGUACUGGGUUUACUUUGUCAAUUUUUUGGGAACACUGGCCGUCCUUCCUGGCAACAUUGUAGCUGCACUUCUUAUGGACAAAAUUGGCCGCCUGUCCAUGUUAGGGUUUUCCAUGAUCCUGUCUGGCAUCAGCUGCUUCUUCCUGUGGUUUGGCACCAGUGAGUCUAUGGUGAUUGGGAUGCUUUGCCUUUACAAUGGGUUGAGUAUCUCUGCCUGGAACUCCUUGGAUGUUGUGACAGUAGAGCUCUACCCUACAGACAGAAGAGGAACUGGAUUUGGCUUCUGUAAUGCCCUGUGCAAGCUGGCUGCAGUGCUAGGGAAUUUGAUUUUUGGCUCUUUAGUGGGCAUCACCAAAGCCGUUCCCAUUCUUCUGGCCUCCUCAGUGCUGGUCAGUGGAGGUUUGGUAGGACUGCGGCUACCUGACACCAGGUCCAAUGUCCUAAUGUAAACUUUGUUUCAGAGAUUUGGAGAAAUCCAACAAGUUUGACUUAAUCCUCAUUCCUCAUUAUGGUGCACUGUGUACUUAUUUACACUCAUGCUUUAUUUUUUGUAUGGUGUUUCAACAUUGCUGUGUGAAGAUAGGUAACUGUGGUUUAGUUAGUGAUGCUUUGAAAAAGCAUAACUAUUGUUAUUCGAACAUACACACUUCUUAUAAUUAUUCCUGUUCCGCCAAAAGUUUGGCACGCUACUUGUCCCGCAGCUUUUGACGUAGACCCAUGAGUGAAUACAUCACAUCGACGGCGUAUUCGGGAAUGGUGUGCUAUGACUUUUAUAAGCGAUCGGGUAGGGGGGUGCGAUAGGGGGGCGAAAAACCACCCGAAAAAUCCCAAUGACUUAACAUUGCGCCCAACUUUGAGGGAUCGUAGCUCCGAGCGAGGAUAUCGUAGAAACAUGAAAAUAAUACACGAUUUGAAGAGGCUAUCAGGCUCUGUAAGAACAUCACUCACAAUGGGGUGUAAGUUGUACCCCUGGGGUGUAAGAGCCUCCCAAAAUUUCCCAAUCACAGGAAGCAUGCCCAUAUAAGGCAUAAAACGUCCCGUGUUGAAUAUCUUAGCAGUACAACCACUUAGAGACAAGGGGGUGGGCUCAUUUGACUCACGGAACAUCGUAGAGAGACGGGGCUUGGUUCUUUACACUCAUAGCUUAGAGCAUCAUCAAUUGGCAGAUGCUAAGCCACGCCCAUAUCAACCAAACAGGUUAGCCUAGCAACCAUUUAGCAAAACCUAUAUCUCUGCAUAGGAACUUCGUAGAGACACGGGGGGUGGUUCGAUUCACUCAUAGGUUAGAGUAUUAUCAAUUGCAGAUGCCAAGCCACGCCCAUAGCAACCAAACAGGUUAGCCUAGCAACCAUUUAGCAACACCUAUAUCUCUGCAUCAGAACAUCAUAAAGACACGGGGGUUGGUUUGUUUCACUCAAAGGUUAGAGUAUUAUCAAGUGCAGAUGCCAAGCCAUGCCAAUAGCAACCAAACAUAUUAGCCUAGCAACAGUUUAGCAAUAUGUAUAUCUCUGCAUCAGAACAUCGUAGAGACAUGGGGAUUGGUUAGAUUCAUUCGUGGCUUAAUGUGUUAUCACUCUAGUGCCCAGUUCCGCAUUUGCCACAAAGCAUCACUCACAUUUUCUUCAGAAAAUGUACCUAUCUAGUUAUUUUAUAUAGUUUAUUAAAUAUAUUAAACAGGUUGUUGUUUUGUUGACAAGGUACUUCCCUUAGGCAUUACCAAAAUACAUUUUGGGUAAAUAUACAACUUUGCAAUAAUAAUAAUAAAAAAUGGCUUUUCUUUGCAAUAGUAGGUUUUUAUCCCCUACCUAUACAGUAGAAAUUAACAGCUUUUUACUGGUUUAUAAUGGCCUAGUCUUGGAAGAAAGUUUAAAUAUUGAUCUCCUCUAAUUAAGACUUGAGCAAAACGAGCUAUUAAUGAGCAGUUCAAGCCUGCUGUAAAUAUACAGAUAACCAGGAUCAUCAGAAAAACUGGAAGCUCUGCACAGCUGCAUUACAGCUGUCUAAAUAAUUAAAUGCAAUGAUGAGAGAAUAGCUGAUGGUGGGUUUAGCAUAUAAACACACCUAGCGGUAAAGUAGUCUCUUUUUCAGUGUCUGCUUUUAGGGUUUAGCUGUACAUGCUGUAGACAUCAUUGGGAAAUGACAUAUGCUAUAAUUUGUUUCAAAUAGUUUUCUGAUAGUGAAGUAUACUAAAAGGUUGUGUUAGUAUAUAAAUAUAAUUAAGUAUUGUGUUUUUGGAGGGUUGAAAGCCAUAAUGUUUUUUAUUUGAAUUGUGUAACUCAAGCACUUAUUUAAAGUGGAAUUAUUUCUGUCAAGUAUUUUAUUUUGCACUCCAGCCUCUGAAGUCCACAACUGUGCACUGUGGUCAUAUUAAAUAUAAAUAUCUGGAUAGACUACACUAAAUAUGUACCUGCAGCCACAUUAAUAAAAAUGUGUUUUUCAAAAAUAUUUUAUUUGCUCAGAUGAAGUGUAAGUCUUUUGGCAUUAAUUAUUUUCUCCAAAGUAAAAAAGCUAUAUGUAACAUGCAUAUGUGCUGUCUAACUUUACAACAAAUUCUGCCACAUUUGCAAUGUUGAUAUGAUUAAUGGGGCAUUUAAAAACUGUGCCUACACAUAAUCACAAGCAUCGUGAACUCACAACAUUUUAAGAAAAAGUAAAUUGAAAAUUGAAGUAAAACAGUUGUUGAGGAUAUUGCUCAUGGAAAGGCUCUUUUAUGUACAAUUUCAACGACUCAUCUUGUUGACAUGACAGAAAGCAGACAGGUUUGCAGGUGAAAGGGGAGUUUAGAGAGCCCGCCUCAUCAUAUGGGGUCUACAAUCUGUAUAAGUGUGAUAACCACAAGGUAAAAUAUACAUUUACAAGCAGCAUUUCAAGUGCAAACAAAUUAAUUUGUUUAGAGAUUAAAAAAAAUAGGAAAAGGGGUAAAAAUGAUUUAGAUUUUAAUGAGCUUUUCACAGUAUUGAUUUAAAUACAGAAACCAAAGCAGUGAUUCCGUGAGAAACAUGAAUCACACAAAGUUUAGCAGUAUUAUUAAUUUAGCUUUAUUAGCUGCCAGAUGUAUAGCUUUUGAUAUGUAAAUGAUUUUUUGGAAGGUCUACAGUGAGAACUAUCAUUUAAGACAAGUUUUUAUUAGGCUUUCAACUAACCUAAAGUGGCUUUAAUGCUGUCGCAAUCUCAGCAGAGCUAUGCAGUUUCAACCUUAUAUAUAAAUUAAAUUUAGUCAUCUAUAACAGUUAACUACUGUUGUCCAUGAUCUACAUCUGUCCUCAUCUGAUUUUUUUUAUUCCAGUUUUAAAAAAUAGUAUGUGUAUUGUAAUGUUGAAAUGUUGUCUGAAAAAAAAGUAAAUGUGUGUAUAUACUGUAUGAGUAUGGGUUUAAAAUGUGUACUUAUUUGUGUACAUUUUGUACAUAAGGUUACGGUGACUUACAAGCUGAAUACUAUGUAAAAAUAUUUUUUUGGAGACAGCAAUAAAUGGAGCUUUCAUGUACAUUGUUAAAACUUUUAUUUCAUUGCCCAUAAGAACCAAUCCUAACAUCGCUUAACAAAACUGCAUGUAUUAAAUUUUGGGGUCUGUGGUGAGUUCUGAGUUCUUGUGCUUUCCAUUGAGGAACAAACUGAAAAUUGUAUUUGGAGUGAACAGGAGAAUGUAGCAGUUUUUUCAUGGCUAAUACAAAAAGAGAAAACAAAGCUGUUAUAUUUUGUGAAAGUAAUAAAGAUGUGUUGA